AUGGUGUCUUCUUUGCUAUCCACUUCUCUCUCUCACGAGUUGUGCCUCUGCCGACAUCCCCUUCUCUCUCUCACGAGGUGCCUCUGCCAACAUCCCCUUCUCUCUCAGGAGGUGUCUCUGCCUCCACCCCCUUCUCUCUCUCAGGAGGUUCCUCUGCCACCAUCUCCUUCUCUCUCUCACAAGGUGCCUCUGCUGACAUCCCCUUCUCUCUCUCAGGAGGUGCCUCUGCCACCAUCCCUUUCUCUCUCUUACAAGGUGCCUCUGCCGACAUCCCCUUCUCUCUCAGGAGGUGCCUCUGCCAACAUCCCCUUCUCUCUCUCAGGAGGUGCCUCUGCCAACAUCCCCUUCUCUCUCUCACAAGGUGCCUCUGCUGACAUCCCCUUCUCUCUCUCACAAGGUGCCUCUGCUGACAUCCCCUUCUCUCUCAGGAGGUGCCUCUGCCGCUAUCCACUUCUCUCUCUCAGGAGGUGCCCCUGCCGCUAUCCCCUUCUCUCUCUCAAUAGCUGCCAUACCCUUUUCUCUUAUAAGUUGUCAUUCCUUUAA